CGCCAACCACUCUAUUGCAUGGAUAGACGCGGUGUCAACAUACGCAACAAAUACAUACAUCUCACAAAAGACGCCUGCACAACAUGACUGUGGAAACGAACGUUCAGACAGAGGAUCCCUCAAGGGACCAAGUCGCCAGACAUUCUAUCGCUGAUGGUUCUACUACGCCUGUUCCCUCUUCCACUGCAGGGACGGUGCAAGAUGACUCUGAUAGCGAGGACUUCAAGCUCUCGAGGCGUGCUAUUAUGAUAUUCUUCACUCUUUCUGUGCUCACUCUGAUGGCGGCUCUGGAUGGGACUUCGAUUUCUGUUGCUCUACCUAUUAUUGCGGAGCGUCUGCAUGGGACAGCUAUUGAGGCCUUUUGGGCUGGCACUUCUUUUCUACUCUGUUCUACAGUCUUCCAACCGAGCUUCGCUUCCUUCUCGAAUAUCUUUGGUCGGAAGCCACUAAUCCUAACGUCUAUUCUAUUUUUCUUCGUUGGAGCCGUUAUUGCAGGAGUCGCGAAGAAUUUCGUCUAUAUGCUCGUCGGUCGAUCUCUACAGGGUGUCGGUGGUGGCGGUAUCAUCGCCCUCAGUGAGAUUAUCGUGACUGAUAUUGUCCCACUGCGACUCAGGGGAAAUUAUUUUGGCAUCCUCAGUGCCAUGUGGAGUAUUGGCUCUGUCACAGGUCCUAUCCUCGGCGGUGGAUUCUCAGAGAAUGUCACUUGGCGGUGGAUCUUCUACAUCAAUUUCCCUUUUAUCGGUAUUGGAGUUGUUCUUGUUCUUCUGUUCCUGAAACUCAACUUCGUCCCAAGCUCUCUUGCUGAGAAGCUCCGUCGCGUCGACUAUACCGGAACAGUGCUCUUCAUCGGUAGCACCGCUUCGUUCCUGAUCCCCUUGUCCUGGGGCGGCGUCAUGUACGACUGGGACUCCUGGCGCACCCUCGUUCCACUCAUAAUCGGUGCAGUGGGAUUGAUUGCAUUCGCUGCCUACGAAUAUUACAUUGCUUCUGACCCGAUCAUCCCACCGACAAUCUUCCAGAAUCGCACCGCAGUCGUCUCCUUCGUCGGCGCAGUCCUCCAGGGCCUCGUCCUCUGGUGUGCCCUCUACUACAUGCCACUCUACUACGAGGCCGUGAAAGAAUACAGUCCCAUCGUAUCUGGAAUUGCCCUCUUCCCCGAAACAUUCACCGUCGCCCCCAGCGCCAUGAUCACCGGUAUUCUCAUAACCUGGAGCGGCCGAUACCGCUGGGCGAUCUGGCUCGGCUGGGCCAUCGCGACUCUCGGCAUGGGUAUCCUCUGCAUCAUCGACUUCAACACCAGUAUCCCGGGCUGGAUCUUCCUGAACCUUGUCCCGGGACUCGGACUCGGUAUCCUCUUCCCCUCCAUCGGCUUCGCCGUGCAGGCUUCCGCAACGCCUAAAAACCUUUCUAUCGCCGUCGCAAUGUUCAGUUUCUUCCGCGCCUUCGGUCAAGCAAUUGGGGUCGCUAUCGGCGGCGUUGUCUUCCAGAAUCGCAUGCAUGAUAACCUCCUCGGAUACCCGGCCUUGGCUCCCUUGGCUGAUGCUUAUAGCAAAGACGCUGCGGGUUUGGUCCAGGUUAUUAAAAACAUGCCUGAUGGACCGAAUAAGUCAGAUCUGAAACAGGCUUAUACGGAUAGUUUACGGAUAGUCUGGGCUGUCUCUUGUGCUAUAUGUGGCGUGGCUGGGUUGUUCAGUCUGUUGACUCAGAAGUAUGAUCUGAACAGAGCCCUGGAGACGAGUCAGGGGCUGAGGGCUGAGAAGUCCAGUGGAGGUUCGGAGGAGGAGGGAAAUGAUGAAGUCAAGAUAUGAGUGAAGCUGCAGAAUGCGGCCCCGGAGCCUUUUCCUUUCUGUUAUAUAUAUUUUCUGAUGUCGUUUAAUGAGUCUCCUCUCUGAUGGUUUACCUUGAUGUCACGGCCGCUUUCUAUUGUUAUGGAGCACCCCCUCCCUUCUUCUCUUUCUUUUUUUUUUGGGAAAGGGGAAUCCUGUUCCCUGAGCGUGCAUUUGUCAUAUUCAUCUCAUGGAUAAAGUGUUAUAUAG